UUAUUAAAUAAUUAAAUUUAUGUAAAUAUAUAUUUAUAAAAUGAAUAAUGCCACUGAUAAUUUGGAAGUUGCUAAAAAUGAUAAAGGUAAAAAGGAUGAAAUAAAAUCAUUGUUGGAUGAAAUACCGGUUUUGAAAGAAUUAUUUGACAUACAUUACAAAGUAGGUGAGGGUACAUUCAGUUCUGUGUAUUUAGCAACAAUGAAAUCGAAUUAUGAUUCGAAAAAGUUUGCAAUCAAACAUAUAAUACCGACUUAUCCACCGGCUAGAAUUGAACGUGAAUUGAAAUGUCUGCAAGAAAUCGGAGGCGCUGAUAAUGUCGUUGGUGUAGAAUUAUGUAUUAGAAAUGGACCUUCUGUUGCCUUUGUGAUGCCUUUUAUGAGACAUAAUAAAUUUUCAGAUUAUGUAGGUGAUAUGAACCAAAACGAGCUUAAACAUUAUAUGAGAGCUUUAUUGAUAGCGUUACGAAAAGUACAUUUAUUUAAUAUUAUUCAUAGAGAUGUUAAGCCGAGUAAUUUUUUAUAUGACCGCCGACAUAAAAAAUAUUUAUUAGUUGACUUUGGGUUGGCCCAAAAUUAUGUUGAAGAAACUCAGAGUAAUAAUAAUGGUAACUUGACUGAGCAGUUUGAAAGUUUAUCAAUGAAAAGAAAACGCGGUGAUGAGAACAACCGACAAUCUCAAGUGGCCUUAAAAAAGUCUAUGGUAGAAAGUAAAUGUUAUUGUUUUGGUAAACCGAAGGUUUGUUCUGUUUGUUUAAUGAAACCGUCGCAAGUUGCUUCAAGAGCUGGGACUCCCGGGUACAGACCACCAGAAGUUUUAUUAAAAUAUUCUCAUCAAACGCCAGCAAUAGAUGUAUGGGCAGCUGGUAUUAUAAUGCUGUGUAUCCUAAGUGCAACUCAACCAUUUUUCCGCUGUCCGGAUGAUUCAACAGCAUUGGCUGAAAUGAUAACAGUAUUUGGCACCAAUAAAAUGCAACAGUGUGCCCGUAAAUUGGGUAAAAAAUUAAUUUGUAGUGAAAAUAUAUCAGGAAUCGAUUUAGUAACACUUUGUCAAAAAUUGCGUCAGAGAAGUUUUAAUUCUCAGCAAAAUAACACUUUUUAUAAUCGCAAGAAUACAUUAGCCGAAAAUUAUCCACCAGAAGCAUAUGAUUUAUUGUCACGUUUAUUGGAUGUAGAUUAUAAAACCCGAAUUACAGCGAACGAUGCGCUCGAACAUCCGUUUUUGAAAGUAUGACUUAUGAUAUAUAUUAAACUGUAAAUAGAUUUAUUUUUAUUAUUUUAUUUUACUUGUAAAAGUUAUACAAAUUAUAUAU